AUGGAUUCGUAUUUUCGAAAGCUAUUCACCCAGAUGCCAGCUGAAAAUGAAGAAAAGUGCAAAAAUUCUGGAGAAAUUACUGAGGAGCCCUGUGCUAAUCCUCUCAGCAAUCCUCCAGGUACCAGUCCUGAGAGCAAACUUCCAUAUACCAAUCCUGAGAGCAAACCUCCAGUUACCAAUCAUCUGAGAACCUCACCUGGUUCCAAUUCUGUGAGCAAGCUUCCACAUACCAAUACCCUGAGCCGUAAACCUUCAUGUACAAAAUCUUGUGAGCAACCCUUCAGUACCAAUAUUGUGAGUAACCCUCAAGGUACCAACACUGUGAGCAGCCCACCAGGAACAAAAUAUAUGAGCAGCCCUUUAUGUACCACUACUGUAAGCAACCCUCUACAUAUCCAUGCUGUGAGCAAACCUUUAGGUACCAAUUCCGAGAGUAAACGUCAAUGUACCAAUCCUGAGAGCAAACUUCCAAGUACAAAUCCUGUGAACAACUCUCCAUUUACCAAUCCUGUGAUCUCCUGUCCAUUUACCAAUCCUGAGAGCAAACUUCCAGGUACAAAUCCUGUGAAUAACUCUCCAUUUACCAAUCCUGUGAACAACUCUCCAUUUACCAAUCCUGUGAACAACUCUCCAUUUAACGAUCAUGAGAGCAAACUUCCAGCUACAAAUCCUGUGAACAACUCUCCAUUUACCAAUCCUGUGAACUCCUCUCCAUUUACCAAUCCUGAGAGCAAACUUCCAAGUACAAAUCCUGUGAACAACUCUCCAUUUACCAAUCCUGUGAUCUCCUCUCCAUUUACCAAUCCUGAGAGCAAACUUCCAGGUACAAAUCCUGUGAAUAACUCUCCAUUUACCAAUCCUGUGAACAACUCUCCAUUUACCAAUCCUGUGAACAACUCUCCAUUUAACGAUCAUGAGAGCAAACUUCCAGGUACAAAUCCUGUGAACAACUCUCCAUUUACCAAUCCUGUGAACUCCUCUCCAUUUACCAAUCCUGAGAGCAAACUUCCAGGUACAAAUCCUGUGAAUAACUCUCCAUUUACCAAUCCUGUGAACAACUCUCCAUUUACCAAUCCUGUGAACAACUCUCCAUUUAACGAUCAUGAGAGCAAACUUCCAGGUACAAAUCCUGUGAACAACUCUCCAUUUAACGAUCAUGAGAGCAAACUUACGGGUACAAAUCCUGUGAACAACUCUCCAUUUAACGAUCAUGAGAGCAAACUUACGGGUACAAAUCCUGUGAACAACUCUCCAUUUACUAAUCCUGUGAACAACUCUCCAGGUACCAACACUGUGAACAACUUUCCAUACAGAUAA